AUGUUUUCAAUAGAAAAAAAAUUAUUCGAAUGGUGAUUUUUUUCUUCUCUCCAAUAAAUCAUCUUGCGUCAUAAUUUUGGAUCGAUCUUUUGAUUGUUAUCGCAAGAUCAAAGAAUCAUCUGUGUUAAUAUCACCACCCACCAAUAACAAUUCAUUGAUUAAUUAAUCUCAAACCUUAUUUAUUUUAUUCAACAAUGGAUUCAUAUAGAGAAAGCUAUAUGGUUCCGGAAUCAUUCCCCAAAUCGUACAAUUAUCCAAACGAAGAGGAGAAUGAUCAUCAUACUCAUUCCCAUCAUAUACCACAUCAUUCAAACAAUGAAAUUGAUGUCAUGCGUCAUAUUACCGAUGAUAUCAAGCCGAAAAUUAUGAUCAUGGGCCCAAAGAGAAGCGGAAAAUCAUCCAUACAGAAGGUCGUUUUCCACAAAAUGUCACCAAAUGAGACACUUUUCUUGGAGAGUACAAAUAAGAUCGUCAAAGAUGAUAUAACAAACAAUUCAUUCAUUUCAUUUUCUAUCUGGGACUUUCCUGGCCAACUUGACGAUCGUGAACUUGAAUUUGAUAAUAACUCUAGUUGUGGUGCUCUUGUAUUCGUCAUCGAUUCACAAGAUGAUUAUGGUGAAGCGCUCGUUCAUCUGAAUCAAAUUGUUCGCAAAGCCCAUCAGGUGAAUCCUAAUAUCAAUUUCGAAGUGUUUAUACAUAAAGUAGAUGGACUAUCCGACGAUCAUAAAAUAGAAGCUCGUCAAGAAAUUCAUCAACGUGCCACUGAAGAUCUACUAGAAAGUGGUGAAGAUAUUUCGCUGAGCUUUUAUCUAACUUCAAUCUAUGACCAUUCAAUUUUUGAAGCUUUCUCCAAAGUCGUACAAAAGUUAAUACCUCAAAUGCCUAUACUCGAAAAUUUGCUAAAUGUUUUUAUCUCGAAUUCUGGUAUUGAAAAGGCGUUUCUCUUCGAUGUAGUGUCAAAAAUAUUUAUUGCAACUGAUUCAUCUCCUGUCGAUAUGCAAUCAUAUGAACUUUGUUGUGAUAUGAUCGAUGUUGUAAUCGACAUUUCUUGUAUCUAUGGGUAGGUUCAAUUCAUUAUCAUAACAGAACGUAUUUUUAUAUUGCUAUUCAUAUUCGUUUCAUAUAGAAUAAAUGAGGAUGGCGAAGGUAGUACAUUCGAUCAAUGUUCGUCUUCGUCGAUCCGUCUUAAUUCGGGUACAGUACUUUAUUUGCGUGAGGUUAACAAAUUUUUGGCAUUGGUUUGCAUCUUACGUGAGGAAAAUUUUACCAAACAAGGAUUGAUCGAUUAUAAUUUUCAAUGUUUUCGACAAUCAAUUCAGGAUGUCUUUUUUUAUCGUAUUAGCGAAUCACGAUUGUCUCAGAAUAAUAACAAUAGUGUUAUAGAAACACCAUACGGGUCAUCUAACGCUCAAGGUAUUGAUCAUGAUCAUCACCAAUUGAUGAUCAAUAAUCUAGAACCAGAUUUGGAUAGUUUGGAGAAUGAAAUGCUCGGUGACAAGCGAACAUCGACACCAAUCAAUAGAUUAACGCCCAGUUCAUCACCAGCAACAAUAGCAACGCACUUUAAGCCAAGCAACACUAAUCAUCAUCAUCCAGGUCGAAAAAUAGCCAUCCUCCCUUCGACUACAAUCCCAUCUUCAUUGCCCAAUCAUCAACCUAAUAUGAAUAAUUUGGUAACGACGACAACAUCGAUGAACAUGUCAGGCAAAUCCAAUACUAACAAAAUGCAUCAUUCUCCCAAUGUUUUUACUAAUUACACGACGAAUGGUCCAUUAGAACGGCGAUUUGUUUGAAUGCUGUUAUUCGAUCAAACUUAUGUAUCAAAUGCUUAUGUUUGAUUCGCACAAACAUGAGCAAAUUGUUUUUUGGUUUUUUUAAAUUUAUCAUUGUUUUUUAUAUAUAUGGCAAGAUGUGGAAAUGAAUACACACUACAAAAUGAUUCCAUUUUAAAUCGAUCAAAAGAUCGAUAAGUUUAAUAAUUAAUAAUAAGAAAUUCAAAAUAAAUUUUAUUUUUUUUGUUUC